CCACGGUGGAAGCUGCUUAGCCGCUCUGCUUCACUUCCUCGUUGUACCUCCUUCACGCAGCAUCUUUGCUCUUCAUCUUCCGCCUCCACCCUCCUCCUCCUCUUCUUCGCUUCCUUAGCAGCUUUGAUGGAUGACCAGAGUCCAGGAAUCAGCAGUCAUGCACGCCGGUUCAGCGCUAAGCCCCUCCCUCCACAUCCCUAAAUGACCAGGGGCUGAGGAGGGGGGGAGAGGGGGCAGACCAUGGCAUGCGCCCCGCCGUGGCCAUCCAGUACUGACCAUGGGACUGCGGUCCAGGACUGUCGCUAGUGGCUCAGAGGAGCACAAGAAGGAUUCUCUGGACCAGGGCGGCGGGGGCGUGGACAAGGAUGGCGCCCUGUUGCUGGUCUCGGCCACUCGGGAGGACUUCAAGCGGGCCUCGCAGGGCACGGCCAUCGGGCUCCUGGCCAAGACCCCCCUGAACUACAGCCGGCCCGCCAAGAGGAAUAACAUCCGCAGGAGGAGGAUCCAGAACCUGAUCUACGACGCCUUGGAGAGACCGCGAGGAUGGGCGCUGCUUUAUCACGCCUUCGUGUUCCUGAUCGUUCUGGGCUGUUUGAUUCUGGCAGUGCUGACCACCUUCCGAGAACACGAGAAGACAUCUGCUCAUUGGCUGGUGGUCCUGGAAACCUUUGCCAUCUUCAUCUUCGGGGCAGAGUUUGCGUUGCGCAUCUGGGCGGCGGGCUGCUGCUGUCGCUACAAAGGAUGGCGAGGGAGGCUCAAGUUUGCCCGCAAGCCGCUGUGCAUGCUGGACAUCUUUGUGUUGAUGGCGUCGGUGCCGGUGGUGGCGGUGCGUAACCAAGGCAACGUGCUGGCCACGUCCCUGCGCAGCCUGCGCUUCCUGCAGAUCUUGCGCAUGCUGCGCAUGGACCGCCGAGGAGGAACAUGGAAGCUGCUGGGCUCUGCCAUCUACGCUCACAGUAAAGAGCUGAUCACAGCCUGGUACAUUGGCUUCCUGUCGCUCAUCCUGGCGUCCUUCCUGGUCUACCUGGUGGAGAAGGACGACGUGUCGGUGGACAACCAAGACGACCCCACUGCUCAGCCCAGCGCUCAGGACUUUGACACCUACGCUGACGCCCUGUGGUGGGGGCUGAUCACGCUGACCACCAUCGGCUACGGGGACAAGACACCAAAGACUUGGGCGGGUAGACUUUUAGCCGGGACCUUCGCUCUGAUCGGCGUGUCGUUCUUCGCGCUACCUGCAGGCAUUCUGGGUUCAGGUCUGGCUCUGAAGGUCCAGGAGCAGCACAGACAGAAGCACUUUGAGAAACGCAGACAUCCUGCUGCCGGACUCAUCCAAUCGGCGUGGCGCUACUACUCCACCAAUCCAAUCAGGGAUGACCUCAUUGCCACGUGGAGGUUUUAUGAAACCGUCAUUUCGCUUCCGUGCUUCAGGAAGGAGCACCUGGAGGCCAUGGCCAGCCAGAAGAUGACGCUGCUGGAGCGCGUUCGCCUUCCCAACGCCCGGCCGACAAUGGCCGCCGUGGCGGUGGCGGCGAGCAGGAAGCUGGCGGCCAACACGGAGUUCGUGGAGGACAGUCCUUCCAAGGAACCCAAACCAGCCGGCUUCAGCAACCGGGAACGUUUUCGCACCGCCUUCCGCAUGAAGACGAACACGCUGCGACAGAGCUCUGAAGAUGCAGCGGCCCUCCCGGAACCUGUCCCAGAGGAACGAGGCUUCCCGGCCGACAUCUUGCUGGAGGAGAUGAUUCCCACGCUCAAGAUGGUCAUCAGGGCCGUGAGGAUCAUGCAGUUCUUGUUGAACAAGAAGCGUUUCAAGGAGACGUUGAGGCCGUACGACGUGAAGGAUGUGAUCGAGCAGUACUCUGCAGGUCACCUGGACAUGCUGUGCAGGAUUAAGUACCUGCAGACCAGGAUUGACGUGAUUCUGGCCCCUGGACCCCUCCUGACCCCCAAACAGAAGAAACCUACUAAACCGCCCUUUAAUAACCCCCCCAACCAGUCCCCCAGUGUUGCCUACUUCUCUAAGAAUGUCUCCAUGGCUGACGCUGAGGACCAGAGCAUGAUGGGGAGAUUCGUCAGGGUGGAGAGACAGGUUGAAGACAUGGAGAAGAAGUUGGACUUCCUGGUGGACAUGCACAUCCAGCACAGUGAGCACCUACAGGUGGACUCCGCCGGCGCCGCCCACAUGACCCUGGAAGCCCUGCCCACAGGGGCCGGGGACAUUCGCGGGGUCUUCCUCAACUAUGCUGAGGCCUUCCCUCACAUGUCCUACCAGGGGCCGCUUGGCAAGGUGGGCUCCUACUACGGGAGAGGAGGCGAGGAGGGGGCGCGGUCAGGCCGCACCUCUCACGUCCAAGCGCGUCCACCGCCGCCCUCUGUGCCCACUUACGCCGAGCGUCCCACUGUCUUGCCCAUCAGCUCUUUGCAGAACGUGCCCACGCAGGGGCCGGGCAGGACCAUGAGGGGGCCCGGGGGUGACUCGCCGCUGUCAAUGUUGUCGGUGAACCACGAGGAGUUGGAGCGCUCGCCGAGCGGCUUCAGCAUCUCUGGCGAGCGGGGGGGUGAGGACGCGGAGGGGGCGGGGGGCUCCAAGGUGGCCACGGAGGAGGGCGGCCGGACCCGACCCAGACCCGCCUACCUAGCGGAGGGUGAGACGGACUCAGACACGGACCCCUUCACGCCCAGCGGGGGUCCGUUACCGCUCUCUGCCACGGGGGAGGGGCUCGGCGACGCCGUGUGGAGCACGCCGCCCUGAGCCGGCCCCCCUCCAACUUGACCUUUAAUCCAAGUCACGCCUCCACACUUGAAGCACUCAGAGAAGGUUGUCAGUGAUGUCAACACGGCCGCGUGCUAACACGGCGUGGCCGCCAAGUGCAUGUGACGCAUGACUAGCGUAGCCGCUGCUCCUGCUACACCAUUUUCUACAUCCACCUUUCUUUUGCAUGAAGCGCAUGACGCCAUCUACUGGCCAACUCAAACUCACUGAUGUGUGUGUCUUUUCGGAAAAGUGGGCGGUGCUUCAUUGUCACAGUGCGGAAUGAUUGACAGCAUCACAAUAUCAUCAAUCGUGACAUCCGACGUGCCAAAAUCCUUCGAAACAUAUUUUUUGGUCGUCCAUAACGACCCGACACCUCUGAUUGGUCCUGGCGGAGCAUCGCCGUGACAACAAGCCAUCUUGCCAGGAAAAAAAAAAAUCGACGUUUGUAGCAGCGGCCUGUUAACCCGUCAAUCAAACAAUGACAAUACUUUGUCAAGAUUUUGUAACAAAACUUAUUUUCUAAGACGACGUUUGUACAACAAAUUCUACUCCGAACACAAAAUGACCUUUCACCUUUCCCAUGACCACUAAAGACAGGAAGUGAGAGGCGGGCCCUCACUCGGUAGCCUUCAUACUAAUAACGACAGCUAGAUAGAUAAUCAUGUUUUUAGCAGAUUAAUAAACUAGAAAUGCAUCAAUACUUUAGAUUAGCACACUUAUUGUGGUCAUGUGUGGGUCACAUGACACCUCAGGCUUUCACUGAUUGACACUGGCCACUUGAUUAGGCACACCUGUUAAACAGUUUUACAAUGAAUUAUUAGAAUCAAUAGCUGGUGUCCCUAAUGAAAAGACCGCUAAUUGACAUAGAGAGGAAGUAAUCUAGCUCCCAGCAUGCAUCAUGUUUACUCAUUUUUGGGAAAACAUUUUUUUUUCUAGUACAAAGUAGAACUUCCUUUUUCUAGAGUCACUUUGCGUUGUCAUGACGACAUUUUAUGGACGCGUAUAGUGACGUCAUAUUUAACGUGUAGUCCAGUAUUUACAUGGCAGAGGCUCUAAAGGCGAGCCCUGCGGAACACCUGCACUUUUUCCACGAGGGAUCCCGAGGUGAGUGUUUCGUUUGUUAGCAUGCUGCAAGCUAACGCGCUACUGACUUCAUCGCGUCCUUCCAUCUUCAUCAUCGUCAUCACGCCUGACUUACUUUUCACAUCCAAGUGGACCUUCAGAACCAAAUGUUGACAGUGACGUGUGGUCAGGUUCAUAGCUUGCUGAGGCACUGACUUGCUAUGUUCCAAUAUAGGUUGUUUAGUAAGAGGAUA